CAGGAGCUGUCGGAGUGGGGGGCGCCUUUGGCAGCUCGUGAUGGCGGCCCUGCAAUUCGGGGCGGCGGCGGGUCCUGGUGCGGUCGAGGAGCCAGCGUCGGGGGCUCUGCCCGGCGGGACCCUCGGGGCGGCGGCAGCAGCGGCGGCGGCGGAUUCCUUCCCGAAGGACUUCGGCUACGGCGCGGAGGACGACGACGACGAGGAGGAUGACGAAGAGGACAUCGAUGGCGGGGCCGAGCUGGGCGGCGGCAGCGGCGGCGGAGGAGGAAUCAUCGGGGGUCCUGGCGGGAGCGGCGGCAUAGGAGGCGGCGGGGGCAGCAACUGCGGGCUCGGCUCGGGCGGCGGAGCGGGCGGCGACUCCUCCAAGCAGCCUCGGAUCUUGCUUAUGGGGCUGCGCCGCAGCGGGAAAUCGUCGAUCCAGAAGGUGGUGUUCCACAAAAUGUCUCCUAAUGAAACCUUAUUCUUGGAGAGUACCAACAAAAUCUAUAAAGAUGAUAUUUCAAAUAGCUCCUUUGUGAACUUCCAAAUAUGGGAUUUUCCUGGACAAAUGGAUUUUUUUGAUCCAACGUUCGAUUAUGAGAUGAUCUUCAGGGGAACUGGAGCCCUCAUCUAUGUUAUUGAUGCACAGGAUGACUACAUGGAAGCAUUAACCAGGUUGCACAUUACAGUCUCAAAAGCUUACAAAAUUAAUCCAGAAAUGAACUUUGAGGUUUUUAUUCAUAAAGUUGAUGGUUUGUCAGAUGAUCAUAAAAUAGAAACUCAAAGAGAUAUUCAUCAGAGAGCCAAUGAUGAUCUUGGUGAUGCUGGGCUAGAAAAACUUCACCUUAGUUUUUAUUUGACCAGCAUCUAUGAUCAUUCUAUAUUUGAAGCCUUCAGCAAGGUGGUACAGAAGCUCAUUCCACAGUUGCCAACUUUGGAAAACCUGCUAAAUAUCUUUAUAUCAAAUUCUGGUAUUGAAAAAGCUUUUCUCUUCGAUGUCGUCAGCAAGAUCUAUAUUGCAACGGAUAGUUCGCCUGUUGAUAUGCAGUCAUACGAGCUUUGUUGCGACAUGAUAGAUGUAGUCAUUGAUGUUUCUUGUAUAUAUGGGCUCAAGGAGGAUGGGAGUGGCAGUGCCUACGACAAGGAGUCCAUGGCCAUCAUCAAGCUCAACAACACAACUGUGCUGUAUUUAAAAGAAGUGACCAAGUUUCUGGCCUUGGUGUGCAUCCUUAGAGAAGAAAGCUUUGAACGCAAAGGUGAGGAAGAAGAUUGGUGUGUCCCACGAUUGAGUGCCUGGGCUCCAGCUUCUAUGGGGUCACACAAAUCUGGUUUAAUAGACUACAAUUUCCACUGCUUCCGCAAGGCCAUCCACGAGGUCUUUGAAGUGGGCAUUUCCUCCCACCGAUCCUGCAACCAUCAAGCAAGCAUCCCUGGUCUAAAAGCAGUGACUCAUAACGGCACUCCUAGAAAUGUCGUCUAGCGGAGGGGACCCAAGGCGGGUGGCCAAGUGUUCCCUGCUCCGUGUCCGUGUGUUGGGAAUGGACAGCACAGAGAACUGGCUCCAUACAUUCCUGUGUGCGCAUUCUGGAAGAGACGGGACUUUGCCUUGUGGAGCUGCAAUCGUGGCAGGCGUGGCACAACUGAAAUGGCCUGGAAGUGGAGCUGCUUCCUCCCCCGCUUCCACAUCUCCCUUGAUACAAAACAGGGCGUGGAUGAUUCCGGAACUGAGCUGUUUUGACACUCGGCAUUGCUUGUGUUUUUUUAAACAUGCAUAGUGUUAGUGCAUUUGCGUUUCAAAGAAAUUGGCGUUCGUAAACUCAAACAUGACAGCUUGUAGUUUAGUUUAGCGCAAUUUCAAACAUUCCAUCCUUUGAGUUUUAUCAUAUCAUAUUGCGGUUAACCCCUUAAAAAAAUUCCAUCUUCUGUGAAAUGAAUGUGAUGCCAAGUGGUGCCAUUUCCCUCUGCAGACCCACUGAGCGCAAAGCUCUCUUUUUAUUGGAGAACAGGAUAAAAGACAAGAAUUGGCAACCUUAACUUCGUCGCUUGAAACUGGUUUAGAAUAUGCUUGUCUUGCAUUCUCAAGCUUGUUGGCAGGCCACUUAACAAUUUGCUGCAGCAGUUCCUGUACUUGUCCUUGAAGAUGCUUUUUGUAGUAAAUGAUUCAAAUUCUGCCCAGUUGUGGCUAAUGUGUUUGGAUUUAAGUGCGUUUUCCAUAUUUUGAAGCUAUGCUUCAAUUGCAUAACAGGUUAGUUUUUGUGAAAUAUGGUGUGCAACUGAACUCUGGUUGCUAGAAUUCUCUGUAGCUGCUCACCAGGCAAGGAAGUGCCUUUACCUCAAGGUCAGGAAGAUACAAAGGCCUCCCUGAACUCCAUAUUCUGCACAUAUUCCAUUGGAUGGAAGCUCCCUUCCAACUCGUGUGUGGACUUUCCCUUGUGGCCUCGUGCACAUCAGACAACGCUUGUAUAUUCCCAAGCCAUGGAACCUUUUCUCUCCUCAGAUGUCAAUGUGGACGCGCCAAAGUUUUAACAGGGUGGCUGGUGUUGCCGGCAGCCGACUGUGUCCUUGCACUGUUCGGGAGGCGGGUGGCUCUUGUGGGAUUCACUUCUCAGUAGUCCGCAUUAAUAAAAUGCAUUUUAUCUUGA